GAAGAAGGGAAAGCUGCCACCAUACAAAGCCGCACGCCCGGCGGCGUCCCAAGCACAGCCACCAGCACCAACACCAGCAGCACCAACACCGAGCCUCGCCGGGCUCCUGCUCAGCACCGGCCGACAGCACCCACAGACCCACCAUGGCUGCGCUCAAAGCCCCACAGACACGCCUGCCGCACGCCGCCCCGGCGCUCCCGCUCCUCCUCACCGCUCUCGCCACCGCCCUCGCCUGCCAACAGCUCUGGACACACGACGACACCUUCCCUGGCGACGCACUCCGCCUCCUCCAGGACAUGGCUCCCAGCCACACACAGCCCUGCCACCUCCAGGAGCCGCCCUUCUUCCCCGACACCCUCCUCCGCGACAACCUCCACCCGCACCAAGCCGCCGUCACCGCCCUCCGCAUCCUCCAGCACCUCUUCCACACCCUCAGCACCAACAGCACCCGCCAGCACUGGCCCACCCAGGCUCGCAACGACCUCCUCAACAAACUCCAGCACCACAUCCACCUCCUCGAGCAAUGCCUCCCCGACAACGCCGUGCUCUUCAAAGGACCACGCAACCUGCUGCUCACCGUCAACAAGUACUUCAGGGACAUCCACCUCUUCCUCCGUGCCCACAACCACAGCGCCUGCGCCUGGGACCACGUCCGCCUCGAAGCUCGCGCCUCUUUGCAGCACCUCCACAACCUCACACGCACCAUGCGCCGCUAGCACAGACACCCACGCCCAAAACACCCACCUCCAGGACCUCACCCGCCCGUCCCCCCA